AUGUCGUCCCCAACAAGCCCCGUGGAUGCCAAGCUCCCUCAGCGGUCGGCCACCGUGAGCAGCGGCUUCACUCGCCGUACGUCUAUGAGCGAUGACGAGGCCAUCCCCGAUACCGAUAGCACUGAGACUACCAAUCUGCUAAUCGAGCGUCUGCGUGCUUGGAAGCACAUGUGCGGUAACCUUGAGGACUAUGUCAACGCCUGCGCCAAGGUGUGCAAGUCUCAGUCUAAGGACCAUGAGAAGAUCCUCAAAACCGUUAGCGACCCUUUGAAGGAGGGCCACCAUUUCAGCUCCAGUGGUGGUGGUGUGACCGGUUUGUUCGAGAACAUGCGCAACAACUCCCAGGGCAUGGUGAAUAUGUACCUUGAAACCGAAAAGAACCUGAAGGGCAGUGUGCUCCCUACCCUGGAGCGUCUCCAUAAGGAGAUCAAGAACAAGUCCAAGGAGCUCAAGUCAGGCGCCUCCAAGGGCGCCAAGGCCGUGGAGAAGGCCCGCCAGACGACCCAGAAGCACAUUGAGCUGCUCGGCCAGAACUCCGCCACGUUCGAUGCGGCUGCUGGCAACAAGAUUGAUCAGCAUCAUGAUCCCUACAUCCUCAAGCGGGGCAUCAACUACCGCCUCAACAAGCAGGUGAUCGAAGAGAACAACCACCGCAAUGACAUCCUGGCUGUGCAGAACUCAUUCCAGCAGUUCGAGGGACAUCUUCUCCUGACCGCGCAGGGCGCCAUGGAGCAGUUUUUCCUGUUCAUGGGUGGCCAGCUGGAACGCCAGCGCGCCAUGUACGCCGACAUCUUGAGCACGGCUCAGCGCAUUCCGCCAGACUUCGAGUGGGUGAACUUCGUGGUGCGCAACGACUCUGUCCUGGUCAACCCCGACUCGCCGCCCCGCUCAUUCGAAAGCAUCAGCUUCCCUAACAUGGAGCACCGGUCCACUAAGCCCCUGAUUGAGGGCUCGCUGGAGCGCCGCUCCCGCGCCGUCAUCAAGGGCUACAGCACUGGCUACUAUGUUGUCACCCCGGCUCGCUACCUGCACGAGUUCAAGAGCGACGACGACUUCAAGAAGGAUCCAGCCCCGGAGCUGUCUCUCUACUUGCCCGACUGCAUCGUUGGCGCUAUCGACGGUGUCAAGUUCAAUGUCAAGGGUAAGGACGUCUCCAGCAGCAAGGUCGGCAACGCCUUCCACACCAACACCGAACUCAGCUUCAAGGCUCACACCCCCAGCGACGCUGAGAAGUGGUGGUCGGUUAUCAAGGAGGCCACCCGUGGCCCCGUUGCCUCGCCUGCAGCCUCCGCUGGCCCCUCGCGCAGCGCUUCCGCCAGCCAGCCCCCUAUCUACGCCGAACAGGACGACGCGAAGGUGGCUGAGAAGGAGACCGAGAAGGAAGCCGAGAAGGGAGCCUCCCCGGAAGCCUCCCCGGAAGCCUCCUCGGCUGCUUCCCCCAGCACCAAUGUAAAGGAAGCAAAUGAAACCAAGGAGGCUGCCGGCCCCGGCCUCAGCCGUAGUGACACCACUACCAGCCACUUCCACACUUCUCCUGGUGGCUCAGCUGUUCCGGAAAAGCCCGAGGAGAAGGUCUAA